ACAAAAGAAGAGUAACCUUAAUUUGUAUUGGGGUGUAUUGAAAACCAAAAGAAAAGUUCUUUUUAUGUGUAAGCAGUAAUUAGAAGAUGUUACCAGAACAAGAUGAUUUGAUAAGAACAAACUGGUUAUCACUUAUGCAAAUAAAAAAUAUAGAAGUUAUUGCUAAACAUCUAACAGAUAGCAAUGUCUUUCACAAUUCGGAGAUCAGUGACAUAUUUUCUACUAGUGACGACAGACAUAAUAAGAGGAUGUUUCUAUUUAAUUUAAGGGAAAAGGAUGAGCCAGCCUUUCAAUGUUUCGUCCAAUCAUUGAUAGAUACAGGCCAUAAUUCCUUAGCGGAGCUGCUUAAACCAAAACACAAGUGCUCUCCUUUUCGAUUACCUGAUGAAGAAGACUGUAAAGAGGAAGAGGAAGAAGAUGAAAAGACUUCCUCAAUUGAAGUAGAAUAUUCUUACACAAAUCCCAACACUUCACCUUUAAACAUAAAAGUGAAAUUGGCUGAUGACUUUCAUGACUCUCCAAAAUAUAAUAGCAAUUUGCAGUACUAUCAAACUAGGUCUAAAAAUAGAGGAAGGGUUCUAAUUAUCAACAAUUAUGAGUUUUUGGAAACAAAGCAUAAGUACCGUAAAGGAGCAAUAGUAGAUGAAGAAAAUAUUGAGAAAUUAUUUAACCAAAUGGGAGGUUAUGUAAUAGAGAAACACAGCAACAAAACCACAGAGGAAAUGCGAGUUAUAAUGAAAGACUUUACCAAGUAUAAGUCUGAAAAAAAAUGUGACAUAUGUUUUGUGUUUAUUAUGAGUCAUGGUUGUGAAGAAUUGAACAAAACUAUAAUCUAUGGCAUUGAUGGCAAACAUAUAUCUGCCACUGAUGUACAAAGCUAUUUUACAAAUAAAAAGUGUAAACUGUUCAAAGGAAAACCGAAGGUUUUUAUAUACCAAGUUUGCAGAGGUUCAGAUAGAGAUAUUUCAAUUCAACAUACUGACACAGAUGGCAUGGAACACAAACCUUUAGCUACUCGCUUACGCUCCAUUGAAGAUAUGCUUAUAGGUUAUGCAACAUUACAAGGCUAUAAAGCUCAUCGAGAUACUUAUAGAGGUACUUGGUACAUAGAGCUAAUUUGUCAAAAUUUUAUGGAGUAUGCUAACAAACAAUCUGUGGAUCAUUUGUUGAUGAUGGUGGACCAAGGGCUUAGAAAGCGACUCUCUGAAGAUAGAACUAUGCAGACGUCUGAAGUGAAAAAUAAAGGAUUUAAAAAAUUGUAUUUGAAUCCUGGUAUAUAUCAGGAAAAUGGAGCAAUGAAGAAAUAUGGUAUCUGAACUAUUUUA